AUGGACGCAGCUCUGCAAAAGGCGCUGCUCGACCGCGUCUACGACAAGCGCAAAGCCGCCACGCUCGACCUCGAACGCCAAGUACGUGAUUGCCUUGCCAGAGGCGACCGAGCGCGGGUCAAUCUCAUCGUUCAGCAGCUGUGCUCCUUCCUCUCCACCUCGCCGCAGAACGUCAACGCUCGCAAUGGUGGUCUCAUAGGUCUUGCCGGUAUCGCCAUCGCACUCGGUGUGGAGCUCGCUCCCUUUUUGGAGCAGAUCGCAAAGCCCGUCUUGGCCUGCUUUAACGAUCCGGACAGCAAGAUCCGCUACUUCGCAUGCGAGAGCUUCUACAACAUUGCCAAGGUAUGCAAGGGCGAGAUCCUCGUCUACUUCAACGAGACCUUUGACGCCCUCUCCAAGCUUGCGGCCGACUCGGAACUCAGUGUCAAGAACGGCGCCGAACUGCUCGACCGUCUUCUCAAGGACAUCGUCUGCGAAGCAGCUCCGCACUACGUCUCUCAGUUCCAAGACAUAUCGCUCAUCCGAGCCCAUCAGGAUGCGCAGGAUGGCUUCGCCGGUGGUGCAGCAGAGCUCGACGUCGCGCGCGAGAAGGCGCACCAGAUCGAUGAGGAAGGCACCGCCAGCAACAAGGUCUUCUCCCUCGCUCGCUUCAUUCCGUUGCUCGCAGAGCGCAUCUAUGUGCUGAGCCCUUUUACUCGCAACUACCUCGUCAGCUGGAUCACCGUUCUCGGGUCCGUCCCUGAGCUCGAGCUGAUCACCUACCUCCCCUCCUUUCUCGACGGACUGCUCAAGUACCUCAGCGACCCGAACACCGAUGUUAGAGUCGCUACCGCCAACGUACUCGCCGACUUUCUGCGUGAGAUCCGCCACGCGGCCGAACUCGCUGCAAAACGACACGCCUUCGAGCAGCAUCGCGCCGAACGACAGGAGCACAAAAGGCUCAAGGGGAAACAACGAAUUAUGCCAUCUGCGAUCGACAGUAUGCCUCCCAAAUCAGGAGCUCCAGAAGAUGCGCUCCUCCCAUCACAAUUUGAAUCACAACCUAGGAGUGCCAGUCCGAGCAAGUCCAUGCGAUCGUCGUCAAAGACACCAUCGACGAAGCCUCGAUCGGAAGGGGGCACUUCGCCACUUCCUCCUCAACAAGACGGCCACGACACGGACCAAGGAGUGACAGAAGACGUCGGCAACGAAUCUGCCGUUGAGGACGAUCAUCAGGAAGCACACGACGAGGACGAGGAAGAAGACAUUUGGGUCGAUGGCACCGAGGUACGCAUCGAAUAUGCCGCCAUCGUAGAGAUCCUCAUCAAUCACAUUGGCUACCCAGACGAGGAAAUUCAGGCGACCACGCUACAAUGGAUCGCCGAAUUCCUCCUGGUGGUCAAGGACGUCGUAGUGCCCUUCACACCUCGGCUCAUCUCUGCCAUCUUACCGAGCUUGGCACACCAUAGCCCAGCCAUCGCCAGCGCAGCGCAUGCGACCAACAUCAACCUUUACAGAGUCAUUCAGGACAUUGCUGCACCUGCUGCACCACCGAGCGCUCGUCCGCGAAUCUCAUCAGCCACCGCAGCUUUGCAGGGCCACAAACAUACCAAUUCCACCUCUUCGGGUCGCGAGCGGAAUGCGGCAGGGAGCCCAACGCAGCACGGCAAUCUCAACAGGCACGGUUCGGUCUCCAGGCCCGCCAUCUCCUCCUCGACAACUCCCAUCUCUACAUCAAUCCCGGCGACUGGGCCAAUAUCGCCCCGCUCUCGAGCAAAUACCCUCAGCGGCGAGCCUGCGACGAGCAUGGCGACCCUCACUCUGUCCGAAAGCACGGGCAACGACGAUCGUACCACCUCGCCCACCCAGAACGGCAACGAUGCUCUAGCGGAAGACGAGGAUCCCUUCGACUACCAGAUGACAGUCAAUGCGCUGAUACUGCAGCUGCUCGACGAGCACGAGGAGACCAGAGUAUCUGCGCUCGAAUGGCUCUUGAUGCUGCAUCGAAAGAGUCCGCAAAAGAUUCUGUCGAUGGACGAUGGAACCUUCCCAGCACUGCUCAAGACGCUCUCGGAUCCCUCUGACGAAGUCAUCCGAUGCGAUCUUCGCCUCCUAGCGCAGAUCAGCUCGGCAUCUGAGGACUCGUACUUCCAUGCCUUCAUGGCCAACCUGCUCAGCCUCUUCAGCACUGAUCGACGUCUGCUCGAGACGCGCGGCUCACUUAUUAUCCGGCAGCUGUGCGCGUCUCUCCACACCGAACGCAUCUUUCGCACGCUCGCUGAGAUCCUCGAAAAAGACGAGGAUCUCGAAUUUGCCAGCAUCAUGGUGCAGAACCUCGCCAUCAUCCUCAUCACCUCUCCUGAGCUCGCCGACUUCCGCAAGAAGCUGCGCAACCUCGACUCGCGCGAAGGCCAGCAGUUGUUCGUGUCGAUCUAUCGCUGCUGGUGCCACAACGCGGUGGCGGCCUUCAGUCUGUGUCUGCUAGCACAGGCGUACGAGCACGCUAGCAAUCUGCUGACCAUCUUUGCUGAGCUCGAGAUCACCGUAUCCCUGCUCAUCCAGAUCGACAAGCUGGUGCAACUGCUGGAAUCGCCAAUCUUCACGGCGCUGCGGCUGCAGCUGCUGGAGCCCGAGAGGUAUCCUUACCUAUUCAAGUGCCUGUAUGGCAUUCUGAUGUUGUUGCCGCAGAGUUCGGCGUUUGUCACGUUGAGGAACAGGUUGAACGCGGUAAAUGGGUUAGGGUUCUUGCAUUCGGUGCCCAGGUCGAGCUAUUCGUCCCGGACCGGAUCGAAGAGUGUAUCCAGCUCUGGAGGCGCAUCGGCUGGCGGCGGGGGCACAGGUACAGGGGGAAGCUCGGCGGGUGGAUCAGCGUCGAUGGUCGAGAUCAAAUGGAACGAUCUACUGCAUCACUUCCGAGUGGUGCAGAACAAGCACGAACGUGCCCGUCGCCAAGCGACUGCGGGCGCGACCGCAGCAGGCGGCGGCACACAUCUCGCACCCGACUACGCUGCGCCCCGGAUCACCUCGUCCGGAGGAGCCGCGUCAUCGUCUGCAUCCUCCAUGGCGGGUGGCGCAGCUGGCGGUCGAAGGCGUAUCAACCAAGCAGCGACACCGGCGACGGGCUCCACGACGCCGUCAACCGCGCCAGGGCGGUUCGGGCUGGGACUGUCGUCGUCCGCCUCCAAUGGUCGCAGCAGCAGCGCUGUCGUUUCUGCUCCCAACACAGGCACGAGCAGCUUCUUUGGCAUCCACCUCCCUUCCACAGCAUCUGCCGCCACAGCCUCACCUACGAGUGCUCGUUCUUCCAGCCCGUCGGCAGCCAGGCGAUACGUAUCGGGUCAGCAGCAACCGUCGAAUCCGGGAUCUAGACAGCCGAGCAAAGGAUCUUCGCUGCGCCAGUAG